AUGGCAAGGUAAGUAGCCCAGAAAAAACACCACCUUUUUUGUGAGACUUGUGUUCUAUGCUUCCAUCUCAGAGCAAUAUAAAUCAAUCAAUGCAUUGAAUGUGAGUGGCCCAGUUUGGAUGUCUUUACAUCCUCUGGGCACUAGAUGUCUUCUGUGAGGGAGUUAGGAAGUUCAGACACAAUAAUGAAAAAUAUAUCAAGUGGGAAAAGGCACAGAGGGCACAUUCAAAAGAUGUUCUCUGUGCACGAAAAAUAAUAAAAUGUAUUGUGUUGAUUUUAUGACAGCUGAUGCAUUUCUGGUAAGAAUAAAGACAACGUCUGAUCAGCUUGCUAGCCCUGACGUUCCUAUCACAGUCUGAUUUAUUAGGCAACUAUGAUUUUUAUUUAUUUAUUUAAGCUUUAUUUGAUCAGGGAGUCAUACUGAGACCAAGGUCUCCUUUACAGUGAGCCCUGAAUUACAGAAAUUACAGAAAAUGCAUCAACAUAUAAAUACAAAAUGCAAGCAGAAAGAAAAACACUGUCAUAAAAAACAAACACAUUCAUCAGUAGUAAGGUCCUCAAUCAGCUUUCUAAAUUACACUAGAGGCACCAAAACAUACAAUUUAAGAAAAUGUUGAAGAUUGUUCCACAAAUAAGAUGCAAGAAAACUAAAAGCUUAUUUACCUAACUCAGUAGAGACCAAAGGAAUUUCCAGAGUUAGCCAUCUCUGAGACCAGGUGUGGUAACUCAUAUAGUAUGUCUAAAGUUUAGUAAAGCUGUUAGGUACAGUGGAACUUUUGUAAAAGGGCUUUAUAAAUGAAAACAUAGCAAUGUAUCAACAUAUGUGACAUCAAAGAAGGCCAACCAACUUUCUGGUAGAGAAUGCAGUGAUGAGUACUAAAAUUGUCGCCCGUAAUAAAGCGCAGUGCGCUAUGACAAACUGUAUCUAAGGGCUUUAAUGAAGUGGCAGCUGCGUUCAUUCAUAUAGAUGAUUUUGCCAUAGUCUUGGACCGAUAGGAACGUCAACAUUGACUACAGCUCAGCGUUCAACACCAUAUUGCCCACAAAGCUCAUCACUAAGCUAAGGACCCUGGGACUAAACACCUCCCUCUGCAACUGGAUCCUGGACAUCCUGACGGGCUGCCCCCAGGUGGUAAGGGUAGGCAACAACACAUCUGGCACGCUAAUCCUCAACACUGUGGCCCCUCAGGGGUGCGUGCUUAGUCCCCUCCUGUACUCCCUGUUCACCCACGACUGCGUGGCCAAGCACGACUCCAACACCAUCAUUAAGUUUGCUGACGACACAACAAUGGUAGGCCUGGUCACCGACAACGAUGAGACAGCCUAUAGGGAGGAGGUCAGAGACCUGGACAACAACCUCUCCCUCAACGUGAGCAAGACAAAGGAGAUGAUCGUGGACUACAGGAAAAGGACGGCCGAACAGGCCCGCAUUAACAUCGACGGGGCUGUAGUGGAGAGGGUUGAGAGUUUCAAGUUCCUUGGUGUCCACAUCACCAACAAACUAUCAUGGUCCAAAUACACCAAGACAGUCGUGAAGAGGGCACGACAACACCUUUUCCCCCUCAGGAGACUGAAAAGAUUAGGCAUUGGUCCCCAGAUCCUCAAAAAGUUAUACAGCUGCACCAUCGAGAGCAUCCUGACCAGUUGCAUCACCGCCUGGUAUGGCAACUCCUCGGCAUCCGACCAUAAGGCGCUACAGAGGGUAGUGCGUACGGCCCAAUACAUCAUUGGGGCCAAGCUUCCUGCCAUCCAGGAACUAUAUACUAGGCGGUGUCAGAGGAAGGCCCCUCCACCCCCUUUGUUUUUACACUGCUGCUAUGCAUAGUCACUUUACCUCUACCUACAUGAACAAAUUACCUCGACUUAACUGUACCCCCGCACAUUUACUCGGUACCGGUACCCCCUGUAUAUAGCCUCGUUACUGUUAUGUAAUUUUAUUGUGUUACUUUUUAUUUUAUUUUUUACUUUAGUUUAUUUAGUAAAUAUUUUCUUAACUCUAUUUCUUGAACUGCAUUUUUGGUUAAGGGUUUGUAAGUAAGCAUUUCACAGUACAUUUACAUUUCAGUCAUUUAGCAGACGCUCUUAUCCAGAGCGACUUACAGUUAGUGAGUGCAUUCCUUUUUUCAUACUGGUCCCCCGUGGGAAUCGAACCCACAACCCUGGCGUUGCAAGGGCCAUGCUCUACCAACUGAGCUACACGGUAAGGUCUACACCUGUUGUAUUCGGCGCAUGUGACAAAUAACAUUUGAUUUGAACUAAAUCAUCUGCUUUCUCCUAUUUGGCGAGAGACAGAACCGAUUUCUAUAGAAGAAGCCCAUUUAACUCAUCAAUAUGUUUUUAAAAGACAGCUUUUCAUCUAUCCAGAUAUUUGUAAUAAUAUGCCAUUUAGCAGACGCUUUUAUCCAAAGCGACUUACAGUCAUGCGUGCAUACAUUUUUACGUAUGGGUGGUCACGGGGAUCGAACCCACUACCCUGGCGUUACAAGCGCCAUGCUCUACCAAUUGAGCUACAGAAGACCACAAAGCAGGGACACGAUCAAUACGGACACCAUCCAAAGUAUAUAUGCUUAAAUCAUCAGUUAUUUGUAUGUGCUCUAGAGAACAACAUAUACUUAGUUUGACCUGCAUUCAAUACUCAUUUCAGGUCAAUCAAGUUUUUCUGUUAUACAAUGAAGGCAGACUGUAGUUCAGAUAGAGCCUGGUCAACCGUAGGGGCAAUAGCAUACACAACAGUAUCAUCUUCAUACAAGUGCAGGUUACACAAGUGCAAGUCAAUAUUGUUUAUGAAAACAGUAAAAAGUACAGGGCCCAGAAUUGACCCCUGCGGGACACCUUUCGUAAUAUCCAGGAAACCUGAUUUAACACAAUCAGUAGAUACACAUUGAGUUCUAUCUGUCAAGUAAUUUUUAAACCAGUUACAUGCAGUAUGAUGCCUUCCCUCCAUAGCCUAUUCCAUAUCAACAAAAGAGAAUUGGGUCUGAUAGCCUCUGAGGUUUAUAAGAUAGGUCAUCUUUUUUUGUCUGGGUAUGAAUCAUAAAGCAAAUACAUUUGAUCUACAAAUCAUAAGCCUAGUAAUGGAAUAAGUUGUAGUAGGCUUAGAUCCCAUUCCCAACACAGGUCUUUCUUUUUAAAUAGGCCUAGUGUGGGUCCACAACAAAAGGAUCAGCAAUGGAAUAUAUAGUACUGUCCUUUGACACUGAUGGUAGAAUAUUAGGUUAGUCUACUCGCACACAUGUAGGCUGAGGCCGUCUGAUGCAGCACUGUCAUCACACUGACCAAAGCACAAGUGAUUCUUCAUGCCACAAAACUGUUUAAUAUCGGCGACACUACCUAUCCUGAUCAAUACAUUGAUAAUGAUUUUUCACCUUGCGCACUUCAUUGCGCAUUUAUAAUUAGUGCAAACAGCGCAAAUCGCCCCAUAUGAAUUGCCCUUUGUCCCAUAAGCCACACAACAGAGGAAAAACCCUGUGCAGUGCAAGCAGCCAUCUUGAACAGGCAGGCAAGGUAGAUACUUCAGCCAGGAUAACCUGCAGAUCUCAAGACAUUAAACCGACAAUUCCCGGUAAGAAUAUAAACAUAAUAUAGGAGUGUUCGUAUCCACAUAUAGCUAACACAUUUAUAAAACGUAACAUUUUGUUACAAAUUAUAUUAGCUAUGCUAACUACUACGCUAAUAUAGUUAGCGUCUAGCUAGCUGUCAAGCCUAGCUAGCCAACGAGUAAGGUGACUACUAGCUAACGUUAUCUAUCUUGCGCUGUGUAAUAUAUUACAAUUCUUCACAGGUACCCGUGGUUUUGUCUAUCCAUUGUGGAUCUAGCCAGGUGUCUGUCGUUUUUGGGAACAGGCCAUUGCUUUUGAGCUAGCUAGCUACUGUAGUAUCCGGAAGAGUAACGUUACACUGGCUAGCUAUCAAAUUUGUUGGCCGCAACAUUUCGCAUAAGUUAGUUAUCACGGCUCAUCGUGGUAACGGUAUUCUUUCCUUUUGGCCGACAUGGCUAGCUACCUAUUUCGCCAAUAAAUGAUGACACGUAUUUUGAUUCGCUAGUUAACUAGCGUGUCGUAUAACUAGUUAGUUAGCCAGUUUAGCCUGUUUCUAGCUGGCUAGUUAGAUAGCUAUCUUCAUUGACCUACUAGCAAACGUUAAGAUCGGGCCUAGUCUCGUACGUUAUGGGCAUAGCUGGACAUUUAGUUUCUCCAGCUAACUACCCACACCUCUCCCAACAGAUUUUUUACAAUACAUUCAUUUAGCGUCCCGUCUGAACAAUAAAACAAGAUGCUAGCUAGCUAUUUAAACAGACUGAUGAUGUUGCCACGGUUUGUGUUAAUAGCAUCAUCAGCUAGCUAGCUAACGUUAGCCAGCAGAUAGAGGGUUUGUGGUGCUGGAUUCUUAGUUAAUUCGUUUAUUAACCUUCUCAUCUCACGUAACUAGCUAUAGUCAGAUGUGUACUUGAACUGUCAUGAGCAGUUAGCUAGAUUAUGCCCUCCUACUAGCCUACAUUGUCACAAGCCAACUGUAUUGUUCUGCAAAAUUGUGGCGUUCAUUCAUCCAUUAAAAGGUCCAACGCAGCCGGUUUAUCUCAAUAUCAAAUCAUUUCUGGGUAACAAUUAAGUACCUUAUUGUGACUGUUUUCAAUUACAAUGGCCAAGAAGCAAAAAUAGCUUCCUAGCAAAAAACAAUUUUUCAAGCAUAAAUGUUGCUAAGACUGUCUUGGAGUGGUCUGAUUGAGGGGCCUAAUGCAGGGUUUCCCAAACUCGUGCCUGGGGCCCCACUGGGUGCACGUUUUGGUUUUUGCCCUAGCACUACACAGCUGAUUCAAAUAAUCAACUCAUUAUCAAGCUUUGAUUAUUUGAAUCAGCUGUGUUUGGGAAACCCUGGUCUAAUUCGCUACACUCGCAAUAACAUCUGCUAACCAUGUGUGUGUGAACAAUACAUUUGAUUUGAUUUAAUAAUGUAUAGUACAGUAGCUGUAUAGCUCAGCCAGCUAUCCAGUAAUCACACGACACAGCAUGCAUCCAUAUCUAGGCCUUGUCUCGGCCAGCCCUUACUGUCAAUCACUGAAAUAUUUAUUUGAUGUAAGAAUGAGGCUUUGAUUAGGGUGGAAUAUGAAUGUAUUCAUGUAGAUGCGUCAUCACCUGAGAUACUCCUCUCAUCUGUGUGACAAGAGCAGAGGCAUUUGGUAUUUUCUUGGCCUUGAAUUUUAUAUUGAUAUUCCCUUAAAAUGGCACAUCACACAGUGAAAGAAAUGCACUGUAUGUGCAUUGACUGAAGCCAAGUCUUGCAAUUGAUUUGGCCAUUCCAUGUCUGCCUUUGGUAAUGAUAAUCACAACCCAAAUGUACUUGUGCAAUUUACUGCAGGAUGUUCUUUGUAUGACAGCAUAGCAAUAUGACAAUGAGUCAGAGAAGAGAAAAAGAGCCCAGAUGUACAGUAUGUGACACCGAUUAUAUUUGUUCAACAACAGGAAGGGGGUGUCACAGCGCUCUGUUUUAUGAAUCAGUGCAAGUGUAUGGAGAAGUGCUGAGACUGCAGUCUGGUCACAUGCUCUCAAUUGCCCUCUCCUUAGAUGGAUACUUCUCCUGGGCCUCGUUCUGGAAAAAGGGAAUUUUUCCUAUAAUUUAACCAAAGGAGUAGCCCUAGAGUGUGUGUACGGCUCUAGUAGACCUAUAGCUUUCGCCUUAUGGGGAAAAACUCACGUGAGUCUGGAGGCACCACAUGACAGAGGGUCAUGUGAGGGGAGGCAGUCAGGCUAGUAGCAAGGCAGGCUGUGAUACUAGUUCACGUCACGGUCAGUGUAUCAAAUCCUUUACUGAAGCUUAUCGCACACACUAACUACAUGACUUCCAUUACACCUCAACUCUCUUUCUCCUUGUUUACUUCUCUACUGUACUCUCUCUGCACUCUGUUUUUCAAGCAGGCAGAGCUGGAAUGGGGAGUGGGGCCAUUUUGUAGGCCCCUUCAGUGGUGUGGCACCCAAGGGUCUCUGACCAACCCCAUGCAAAGAGGAUGAGGCUUAGGUGACACCUUGACCUGGAAUUAACCCCCUCAGCUGAUUUAGCACAAAUCCAUUCAAUUCUGGAAGAUUAUCCUAAAUAUCACUCUUCCGUGUUUAGUUAACUCAAUUUGCCUCUUUAUAUCACAAACAUAUAAACUCUGUUGCAUAGCGAUUUUAAUCUCCAAAACUGGUUUAACUGCAAUGCAUUUAUAAUUGCUGUGUACUGAACCACAGACUUCAGAGAGACAUCCCGGAUAGAGGGAAACAUUGUCAGAGAUGAUAAUGGAUAGCCUAGUCACAAUUAAUUGCACGUUAGAAGACUUGUAUUUGUAGGCUAUUAUUCAGGGUGAUUGAUUUGGAAUCAGAUCCCAUUGUUCCCUUGUGCCUUCUACUUGCGUUACAGAUGUCCGCUCUCAACUAUAGUGUGAGACUGCAUUACUGACAAGUGGAUUAUUUGAAUCGAUCGUUAGAACGCCCUCUCUCUGACUGAAUAGUUAAUGCUCUUAAGUGAAGUCGGAUCAUGUAUUCAUAAACACGGCUGAUUUCAAUUUGAGACUAUAUAUUUAAUCCAAGCCUCUCUUUGAAUAUAUUCUUCAGAUGUGCAUGACUGUGUGUGUAUGUGUCUAUAUUCCCGGCUAUCACCCAUCCUUUCUUAUAGACUAUGGAAUAGGCUAUAUUACCAUUGAAGCAGCAAUGGAUAUUAAUUGAGAGAGGUGUCUGUGCUAUAAAUAGCAGGCAGCUUCUAACAGUGAUGCUCUAUGUGUGUGGGUGUGUGUUUGAGCCUGACCCUCUCUUUAUGUAGGUGUAGUUAGUUAUAAUUCAAACCCAUAUGAAUGAAUGUCGCUCAGCAUAAAGGCAACAGGUGGGUCGUGUGGGUAGCUGGUAUCUAGGGAUACCAAUUACUUAAUGCCUAGACCUGUAUGUUUCUGUGCAGUAUCUAGCCAGACUGAUAAGAGGAAUUGAAAGGUGCUACUUGUUCUCCCUUGGCUACUAUUGUGAAAUGACACAUGCUAAUGGUUCUGACAGAGCCUCUGUAUAAUGGGCUAGGGAGACACUAGGAAACACUCCCUCUUAACCUUCUCUCUUCUACAGCCUAAUGUAAUGUCUAUUACUUUCAUUUGAGAUUAAAAAGGAGCUGUGCACAUAUGAUGUAAUUUCCUGAAUGUAAAGUCUGAUAAAUCUAUAAUGAAAUCUCUUGCCUCAAAGUGACAACACCGCUGGGGAUGUUUGCUGCCCGUACUUGCAGUAUUGAUGACACAGUUGGCUAGAAGCCUCAUAUUUAUCUGAAUGUAUCUUAGAAAAUAGCCGCUUAUUUGCUGUGCAGAUCCGUAUCGUUCUUUUAAUGAUGUUCAUACACACCGCUCAGUCUCCCCGGGACCAUGGGCCUUUGUUAUUGUAGAGAGUAUAGCCUUGUUCCCCCAUUGGCUAAGCACAGGACAAGGCUAAUGUUUACCAUUCAAUAUAAACCUCUCUGUAAAUGACUGUCACACCCCUUUUACUCCGACAUCUGUCUGUGAGAGUUCUCAGAGCAGUUUGAGGCAGAGAGAGGAAACACGCCAUUGAACAUGGUGCAUGAUGAGGAUCAACCAACCCAACAUAAACACCCAUUUGGUGCUAUGCAGUUGUUUUUGUUUUAACUUCCAUUGUGUGAUAUUAGAGAAGUUCUCUGUAGAUGUAGUCCAUCUUCAUCUUGAUGAAAACGAGUGGCUAAGCGAUUAUUUGAUUAAUGAACCUCUCAAAUUGAUAACAUCCGUAUUGUAAUUGGUUAUUCAUCAUCUAACUAACCCCUUUAGUUAUUGGCUGCUGGCCUAAAGAUCGUAAUGGAAAACUACAAAUUGUAGGUGCAUCAUGGGAUAGUAAUAACAAGGAGUCUGGACUCUGGCUCUGCCACGUCUCAUCUUGUUACAGUCCGUAGUACUGUUGUGAAUAGGAUGAAGGCUUCUUGGAAUAACUCCCCUGACAGGCCCUGUCCAUCAGUGUGUGCGCAUGUGUGAUGUAUGAUGACCCUCCCUGUCUGAUUUCGCAGCUUCCCAGAGAGCAACUUUUAGGUCUCUUCCUCAUCUAGGCUAAGAGGCCAUUGUCUAAUCCUAGUUGGUUUCUCUUCUUACACAACCUGCCCACAGGGUGCGUCCCAAUAAAAUCUCCUUUCUCCUGAAGUGUACACUUGUUCACUACUUCCCACAAAUAUAAAAGCAUUGGAUUGGUGGAGGCAUGGGCUAGAGGGAGUUUCCACCAUAUUUCUUAUACCAGAAAUGUACUUUCAAAUCAGUGAAGGGAAGUGAAAAAGUGCAGACUUUGGGAGGAAGGAGAGAUAUAAUUGGGACAUAGCCAGUGAUAGUUGGCUGAAGCUUGACUUCCUCAUGCUGAUUUGAUGGACAGACAUCAGUUGGGUUAGGCCCUGUAGAUUGUCAUACUGUAGAUAUUGUAGUUAUAAAUACAUUGACUUUGUAUGUGGUCAGAUACAUCGCUAUCUGAUGGUUUCAGCUCCUCCAGCUGGGUUGAUUCCUACCCAUACAUUUGAGAGAUCAGUGCUCCUGGGCCUGCUGUCUAACUGAGAAAUCACAUGACAGGAAUCCUGAGAAAUUAGGAAUUAUUCAUACUACCUAGAACACUGUUUUAGUUCUCAGACAGCACACCAGCUGCUCAGUCUGUCUAGUAUGGUCUGAGACCUGGUGACAUCAUUCUUUACUGACCAUAUUGACCAAUUCACAGGCCCAUGCUAUCUGCCAGGCAUACAGUAAUUGCAAAAGUAUUCAUCCCCCUUGGUGUUUUUUCUAUUUUGUUGCAUUACAACCUGUAAUUUAAAUUGAUUUUUAUUUCGAUUUCAUGUAAUGGACAUACACAAAACAGUCCAAAUUGGUGUAGUGAAAUGAAAAAUUCUAAAAAAUAAAUAAUGGAAAAGUGGUGCGUGCAUAUGUAUUCACCCCCUUUGUUAAGAAGCCCCUAAAUAAGAUCUGGUGCAACCAAUUACCUUCAGAAGUCACAUAAUUAGUUAAAUAAACGCCACCUGUGUGCAAUCUAAGUGUCACAUGAUCUGUCACAUGAUCUCACCUGUUCUGAAAGUCCCCAGAGUCUGCAACACCACUAAGCAUGGGGCACCACAAAGCAAGGAGCUCUCCAAACAGGCCAGGGACAAAGUUGUGGAGAAGAUCAGGGUUGGGUUAUAAAAAUAAAAUAAAACUUUGAACAUUAACCAUUAAAUCCAUUAUUAUAAAAUUGAAAGAAUAUGGCACCACAACAAACCUGCCAAGAGAGGGCCGCCCACCAAAACCCACGGACCAGGCAACACGUUUGGUCUUCACCAAAAUGCAUGUGGGAGACUCCCCAAACAUAUGGAAGAAGGUACUCUGGUCAGAUGAGACUAAAAUUGAGCUUUUUGGCCAUCAAGGAAAACGCUAUGUCUGGCGCAAACCCAACACCUCUCAUCACCCCGAGAACACCAUCCCUGUUUUUCAUCGGCAGGGGCUGGGAAACUGGUCAGAAUUGAAGGAAUGAUGGAUGGCGCUAAAUACAGGGAAAUUCUUGAGGGAAACCUCUUUCUGUCUUCCAGAGAUUUGAGACUGGGACGGAGGUUCACCUUCCAGCAGGACAAUGACCCUAAGAACACUGCUAAAGCAACACUUGAGUGGUUUAAGGGGAAACAUUUAAAUGUCUUGGAAUGGCCUAGUCAAAGCCCAGACCUCAAUCCAAUGAGAAUCUGUGGUAUGACUUAAAGAUUGCUGUACACCAGCGGAACCCAUCCAACUUGAAGGAGCUGGAGCAGUUUUGCCUUGAAGAAUGGGUAAAAAUCCCAGUGGCUAGAUGUGCCAAGCUUAUAGAGACAUACCCCAAGAGACUUGCAGCUGUAAUUGCUUCAAAAGGUGUCUCUACAAAGUAUUGACUUUGGGUGGGUGAAUAGUUAUGCACGCUCAAGUUUUCAGUUUUUUUGUCUUAUUUCUUGUUUGUUUCACAAUAAAAAAUAUUUUGCAUCUUCAAAGUGGUAGGCAUGUUGUGUAAAUCAAAUGAUUUUUUUAUUUUAUUCCAGGUUGUAAGGCAACAAAAUAGGAAAAAUGCCAAGGGGGGGGUGAAUACUUUCGCAAGCCAAUGUAAUGUUGUUUAAUGUUAUGGAGUGCCAGUGGUCGAGCAGCAAGACACAAUGUUGCAGUUGACUGUAAGUGUGUGGUCAACCCAAGCACUGUAAAAUUAAAUGGGAUUGUGAGUGAUGUCGACAGACAGAAUUAAAUGAUAAUGUGUGGUUUCUGCAUGAUGCCCAGAUAGAAUAGAUUCAUAGACACCACCCUGAUUCACCCAGCAGGCCUGUAAUGGCCACAUUGUCUUUCUCUGACUCAUCUUUAACCUUUCUCUCUCUUUCAGAGCCACAAUGGCCACCGCACCGUACAACUACUCCUACAUUUUCAAAUACAUCAUCAUCGGUAAGUGAGCCGUGAGCACGCGUGUUGACUGAAGUGGAGUGGAGGCCUGUUUGUGUGUGUAUAGUGCUGUGCUGUAUGUAGGUCACCCAUUGGCUGCAGUUAGCACACAGCUCAGUGAGAUGCUACUGCUGCUCUCCCAACACAAGCCCUGGAAGAGCACCCAUCACAAGACUAGAAACCAGCUCAGGAGUUUUUCAUGGUCAGGUCAUGUGGUCAAGAUUACUCCAGGCCUCAACCAUGACCCCAUUACAGGAGAUUCCUUUUGAUACGGUAUGAGGCCACCAUCUCUCAAAGUGAUUUUAAAAAAUUUUCAUCAAUAAAUGUUUUCCACGGAAGCUAGCCUAAGCAAAGUUAAAUGGUUUGUGUUCUAAUGACAUACUGUACCGACAAUGUUCUAGUGACAGGGUUAUUAAUUAACUUAAAAUGGAAUGAUUGCUCUCCAGUUUGAUCUGAAUUACUAGCAGAAGCAAUGAGCAUACAGUAGCCUAAUGUAUUGUUGGUCCAUAGCCUAGACCUAAAUGUUCUGUUGUGGUGGUAGUUUUAUCUUGUUGUGCAUUCCACUCUUCCCCUUAAGGUAUUUUCCAACCAGUUUGGCACCUCAAAAUAUGGAAGUUAAAUCUCCAUAUCUCUCCAUCUCCAACUACCUGGAGGUUGUUUACCCUGCUGCUCAGAGGCCUUUAAAACCCCACCCCAAUGUGAACUUUGUGGACUUGUUUGAGAACAGCCAAAAGGCCCUGACGUGUGCUCCUCUUGUUUGCUGUCUGUUACCCAGACAUCAAUGUGGUCAUACAACACACACACACGCGCCACUUUAGCUGCUUAGCUAGAGCAGACAUUAGUGUAUAGGUCUUAAAGGUGCGGUGUGCGGAAAUCACUCCACCAUUUCCUGGUUGCUAAAAUUCGAAUAGUUCGCCUAAUUUCAGUUUGUGACAAAACAAGCAAGUAUAGAGAAUCAUUGUUCCAUCUAAACUGCUGUGAAAAAUAUUUUCAAUAACCACAAAUAUGGUAUUUUCAGCUGUUUGAAGCUGGUGUACAAAACCGAAAGCAAAAGACGCAAGAACGGGAAGCAUAGAAAUACAGCACAUAGAACAGUUCUACUGCUUCUUAGACUUGCUUUCAAUGAGAAUGACAGAUCACAUUUCUAUGUGAAAUUGGUCAGGUCACCCAAAAAGUUACAUAUUGCAGCUUUUAAAAAAUCAAAUAUGCUCUGCUCUCCCCACUCCACUAGAGAACCAUGCCAGCCAUUCAGUCAAAGCCCUGCAGGCCUGUUCAUGCUGCCUCUUCAAGUGCCCUCGUAUGUGUAAAGCACACAACUGGCAACCACCAUAGCAUUCUGUUAACAAUGUCUGAGGAGGCGAGGGAAGAUGCUCUUUCUCUGUUACAACCAGAGUUUUUCCUGGCCAGACCAAGUGGUCAGGGAAAACUUGUCCCUUCAUAGGAAAAUAUGAAAUAAGUGCUAUGUCUGCUAGGUGGUUUUUUUCUCUCCAUCUUGUAUGUGAUGUUAAGAUUUGAACAUGGAUCCUAACACAUCUCCCUCUCUCUGUAGGGGACAUGGGGGUAGGGAAGUCAUGUUUGCUUCACCAGUUCACAGAGAAGAAAUGUAAGUACAUCCCUGGCUCCCCACUGACUCCAGACAGAUACACACACACAGGCUGCAGGAAUGGAGUGUCUAACUCUAAAUCCUCUCUGAUGACUUCAGCUCAUUGAGAGAGGGGGAGAGCGAGGGUGUGGGUGUGGGUGUGUGACUGCGUGCCUCUGUGAAAUGUGUCUGCUUCAUGUUAUUUGUGUGUGCUCUCUCUCAGCUGUAGCCUCAGUCACUUCACUAUAACACCCAGGCUUUUGAAUGCUUUUUAAUUGCAUUAUUAGCAGGCAGCAGUAAAUGCAGAUGCUCUGCUCCUCAUUCAUCUAUCUAGCAUCACAUCCUGCAUGGACUAUAGACUUGGGCUCUGAACAGGCAGCUGCUUUGUGAGUGCUGAAUGCCAGGUUUGAAGACUUCCUCCCUGUCUCUGGUUAACAUUGAAAUGCAAGUGGUAAAAACCAACUGAUCUGCCAGUCUGAAAUUGAUACUCAACCCACCUGCUCUCUCUGUUCCCUCACAAUGGAGGUGAUGAAGAGUGCACCUGUUUUCUCUGUGUGGUUGGAUGUGCCUGUGUGGAGAGAUGUGUAUGUAUAUGGGUGCUGUUCAUAGUUCAAGUUGGUGCUAGCGUUGUCACUGGCAGACUGUUCUGUAUGGUAGUUGAGAGAUUGAGCAGAGGAAGGAGGAGGUGUAGUUACAGUAAAUGGAGUAGAGAGCAGGUUAAUCACAGCAGUCUAAUCUAAUCACACUCCGAGGAGGAGGAGGAAAAGGGAGAGCGAGAAAGAAAGGGAGGCAGGCUGCGGAAGUGUGUUAGGUUUACUGAGUCAGACCUCCUUGAUGAGAGAUGUAGUCAGAGAAGAAGAGGCGAAGCAAGAGGUUUCACCAAUGCGUUUCUAUGGGCUUAUUUUGGACCUAAGCUUGUCUCCUGCCUUUGGGAAAACGACUCCCAUUGUUAGAGCGGAGACAUGAGCAUCUUGUCAUUAUAUACAGAUCUCAUGUCUCUUGACAAAGAAGUGAAAAUACUAUUUUAAUUGAUUUCUUUGUGUUUUAGAGGAAUGUUGCCUCCUGGGAUUCCGCACAGCUAUACUAACGAUAUAUGCCUUUUCCCCACCUCUCUCUGCUCAAGUCAUGGCAGACUGCCCCCAUACGAUCGGCGUGGAGUUUGGCACGAGGAUAAUCGAGGUGAGCGGCCAGAAGAUCAAGCUGCAGAUCUGGGACACGGCGGGCCAGGAGCGCUUCAGGGCUGUCACGCGUAGUUACUACAGGGGGGCCGCAGGCGCACUCAUGGUCUACGACAUCACCAGGUACACACACACACACACACACACACACACACACACACACACACCGAUGUGCCCAAACUUUGAAGCUCCAGGUAGAAGCAGCCUGUAGGCACAGAGCUAGGGUCAAAUUACCCUUCCCCAAUCCUAACUCAAACCAUACAGGGGAAAACACAAAACUGGCCUCAGAUAAGCAUCUAGGGCCAACUUCAUCCUUCUCUCACCUAGCCCCCUCAGCCUGUUCUAUGAUACACCACCCACCCUGUUAGCUGUACUAGUCAGAUUGCUCUAGGUCUGUAGGCCUAUAUGUCUGUGUGGGAGACAAGGAAAGGAAAUGGGGCAGAUAGCAUAAAGUCUUCCUGAGCAAACAUGGUGUCUGCAUCCUGUUGCCCUCCCCACCUCCCUCUCUUCCCCAAACUGUGAGAUUGUAUCAGUGGCCUGCUAAACUAACAGUGCUUUACAUGUGGAAUGUCUGUCUCCUCCCAUAGAAAGCACAGGCUCAGAGUAAAGCUUUAAGUAUUGCAGCCAUUCUAAAUUGUAGUUUUCCCACUAAUAGUAAUUGGUGUCUAUGCAGCAUAUCAUUGCCUCUGUUUUAUGAAUAGGUAUUCGAUUGCUCAUUUGUUCCCUAGCCUAAUUUUAGCGCUCCAUAUUGACACCCGUGUCUCAGACUGUAAGAACUGUUGUCAAAACUGAAGAAAGUUUUUUUUCUAUUAGUGAAAGAAUAUAGAUACAGACCAAGAAACAUUUCUCCAUUUGUCACGGCCGCUCCUUUGAUCCCACUUAGGAUGUGGCACACUCUGUUUUGUCCCAGCCUGCCGCCAUGGUAACUAACGCCCACUCUUCCCUGUAUGUGUGUUCCACAGGAGAAGUACAUACAACCACCUCAGCAGCUGGCUGACUGAUGCCAGAAAUCUCACCAACCCCAAUACUGUGAGUAUGGCUUCACGCUGCUCCCCUCUAGCUGCCUGUCUGACUCUCUAACACACUGUCUGCUUGGAUGUCUAUUGUACUACCAAGUAGUCUCCCUGUCCUCUUUCUCGCUUCUCUCCUUUUCUUGUGUUCUCUCAUCUAAUGCUCUUUGUGUCUCUGCUGUGUCCCACCGCAGCACACCCAGUGUGUUUGAUUGAUCCCCGAGAGCCCCGUCCAUCUCUAAAUUGGAUUUUGACUAAUAUGAUUAUGGCCAAAUCACACUGCUUUCAUGUACAGAGUAGAAUAUGCUUUUAGCUUGCUUAUACAAAGGCAACAUCCUAAACUCACUCAAAGUCAGCUUGUUUGUACUCAACGACAACAGUCUCGCGUUGGAAAAUGGGACAUAACUAGUGCCCAGGUGCAUUGGAAGUUGUAUAUUCAUAUCUGUAUCUUUCAUGGUGUGUAGCCGAUACAGUAUUGCUGAAUCCAUUUCUCCCACUGGUACUAAGUUCUAUAAGAGCUCUCUUACAAGAUGCUCAGUAAAGUGAGCGAGCUGUCUCGUAUGUCGUUUUCUGCCUAUAAGUGAAUGAGUAGUGAGGAUGUGAGUUUAGUGCCUGCCAGGCUGCUACUGUUUGGUGCCUGGAGUACUGACCGACUCAUUCUGUCCUCCCCCAGGUGAUCAUUCUCAUAGGUAACAAAGCAGAUCUGGAGGCCCAGAGGGACGUCACGUAUGAGGAGGCCAAGCAGUUCGCUGAGGAGAACGGUGAGACAGGGAACACCCUCAGGCUCAAUGAGAGAGAUGGAGGGAGAUGGAAGAGGACUAACUCGCAUCAAUCUCUGCCUCUCACUAUUCCACCUUAUCUGAACGGCUGUGUGAGAAUGCCCCCAGGGCCCCACACCGUUGACUGGAAGGGAGAGUGGGAGGGAUGUGAGGAAGAUACUCCUCCAUAUAGGGAGGGAAGUAGCAACUCGUCUCUGAUAAAGAGGGAGAAAGAGAGGUGAAAGAGGAGUAAAUGGCGCAUGCAUUCAAGUACAGAGGGAGAGUACAAAAGAGGUGAACGCAUAAGGGAGGACGCAUUCAUAGAUACACUAUAUAUACAAAAGUAUGUGGACACCCCUUCAAAUUAGUGGAUUUGGCUAUUUCAGCCACACCCGUUCCUGACAGGUGUAUAAAAUUGAGCGCACAGACAUGCAAUAUCCAUAGACAAACAUUGGCAGUAGAAUCAUAGGAUGCCACCUUUCCAACAAGUCAGUAAGUCAAAUUUCUGCCCUGCUAGUGCCGUUAUUGUGAAGUGGAAACGUCUAGGAGCAACAAUGGCUCAGCUGUGAAGUGGUAGGCAACACAAGCUCACAGAACGGGACCGCCGAGUGCUGAAGUGCGUAGUGCGUAAAAAUCGCCUGUCCUCUGUUACAAUAAUCAAUCAAAUGUAUUUAUAAAGCCAUUUUUAUAUCAGCAGAUAUAAAUACAGAAACCCAGCCUAAAACCCCAAACAGCAAGCAAUGCAGAUGUAGAAGCACGGUGGCUAGGAAAAACUCCCUAGAAAGGCAGGAACCUAGGAAGAAACCUAGAGAGGAACCAGGCUCUGAGGGGUGGCCAGUCCUCUUCUGGCUGUGCCGGGUGGAGAUUAUAAGAGUACAUGGCCAUUAAGGCCAGAUUGUUCUUCAAACGUUCAUAGAUGACCAGCAGGGUCAAAUAAUAAUCACAGUGGUUGUAGAGGGUGCAACAGGUCAGUACCUCAGGAGUAAAAGUUAGUUGGCUUUUCAUAGCCGAGCAUUCAGAGGUCGAGACAGCAGGUGCGGUAGAGAGAGUCGAAAACAGCAGGUCCGGGACAAGGUAGCACGUCCGGUGAAACAGGUCAGGGUUCCAUAGCUGCAGGCAGAACAGUUGAAACUGGAGCAGCAGCACAACCAUUACCGAGUUCCAAACUGCUUCUGGAAGCAAUGUCGCCGCAAUAACUGUUUGUCGGGAGCUUCAUGAAAUGGGUUUCCAUGGCUGAGCAGCCGCACGCAAGCCUAAGAUCACCAUGUGCAAUGCCAAGCGUUGGCUGGAGUGGUGUAAAGCUUGCUGCCAUUGGACUCUGGAGCAGUGGAAACGCGUUCUCUGAAAUGAUGAAUCACACUUCACCAUCUGGCAGUCCAACGGACAAAUCUGGGUUUGGCGGAUGCCAGGAGAAUGCUACCUGCCCCAAUGCAUAGUGCCAACUGUAAAGUUUGGUGGAGGAGGAAUAAUGGUCUGGGGCUGUUUCUCAUGGUUCGGGCUAGGCCCCAUAGUUCCAGUGAAGGGAAAUCUUAAUGCUACAGCAUACAAUGACAUUCUAGACGAUUCUGUGCUUCCAACUUUGUCGCAACAGUUUGGGGAAGGCCUUUUUCUGUUUAAGCAUGACAAUGCCCCCGUGCACAAAGCGAGGUCUGUACAGCAAUGGUUUGUUGAGAUCGGCGUGGAAGAACUUGACUGGCCUGCACAGGGCCCUGACCUCAACCCCAUCAAAAACCUUUGGGAUGAAUUGGAACGUCGACUGCGGGCCUAAUCGCCCAACAUCCGUGCCCGACCUCACUAAUGCUCUUGUGGCUGAAUGGAAGCAAGUCCCCGCAGCAAUGUUCCAACAUCUAGUGGAACGCCUUCCCAGAAGAGAGGAGGCUGUUAUAGCAGCAAAGGGGGGGGACCAACUCCAUAUUAAUGCCCAUGGUUUUGGAAUGUUUGACGAGGAGGUGUCCACAUACUUUUGGUCAUGUAAUGUAAGUAUAGGCAAGGGUGCAACUUUGGUUUUAGAAAAUGGGGGGGGGGGAUUAAAAAAUAAUAAUAAUCCAGUCGGAUAAACACUCCAAACAGCCUACCCGACCACUAGGAGGCAUCCGCAUGGUCCUAAAGCACACCGUUGUCUCGUUUUGUAUCACAUUCCAAUGAUAAAACUGGGGGGGACAAAAAUGCAAUUUCAGAAUGUGGGGGGGACAUGUCCCCAGUGAAAGUUGAGCCCCUUAGUAUAGGUAUGAGUAAGGAGGAUGGUUAGGGAACUGUAUUUUUCCUCUGCAGUAGUCUGACUCCAUCUUGUGUCCAUCCCUUGUUACAGGUCUCUUAUUCCUGGAAGCCAGCGCAAAAACGUAAGGCGGCGGGACUGCCUGCUUUUACCUCGCAUUUUCAAUGGUCUGAAAUGUGCUUUGAUGUGUUCCUAGCUCUGUGUGACUGACUGUGUGUGUCCUCUGCCCAGGGGUGAGAACGUGGAGGAUGCUUUCCUGGAGGCGGCUAAGAAGAUCUACCAGAACAUCCAGGAUGGUAGUCUGGACCUGAAUGCUGCAGAGUCUGGUGUCCAGCACAAGCCCUCCGCCCCCCAGGGAGGCCGGCUAAUAACCAACGAACCACAGCCCCAGAGGGAAGGCUGCGGCUGCUAAUGACCAACUCCUCUCUCGCUCUUCUUCUCCUCCUCCACCCCCCUCUCGCUCUCCUCAUCCUCCCUCCAUCACCCCCACCCCACCGGGGCUGCAUGAGUGUGGGGCACGGGUGGAGGGAGGGAACGAGGGAUGGGCUGGCCUAGGCUGGGUUGUGUAGUAGUGUACCUCCCUCCUCCUCCCAUUCCAUCCUCCUCCCCCUUUUCACUUUGUCUUCUUCUUCACUUCUCUCUCGUUCCGUCUCUCCUUCUCUUCCUCUGCCCCAUUCAGUCCAGCUCAUCUGCCAUGGAAUCCCAGUUCCACACACAUUUAACAUAUAUAUAAAGACGUGGGUUACUGACACAGAUGGGUAAUGUUCAUAACAAAACCAGAAUAAAUACUUUUUUAACGUUUCCUUUUAUAGCUUCUACCAUACUAUAUACACCGAUCAAGUCUCAUCCACCACAUCCGAAACCAACCAAGCCUGUAUAGUCGAUAACUGCCAUUGACGUUGAACUGUCCAGACAGUCUCCCCUGCAUCAGUCCUGCAUGGUUUAAUGAUCUAGGACUGUUUUAAACUGAAAUGACGUGUAGGAUUCUAAUUUUCCCUCGAUGGUCAGGGCUCUCCCAGUCGAGGAGAUGGUUAGUGAAGGCAAUGAUGUAUGACGCAGCCCCGCAACUGGUCGCUAUCGGCGGUGGCAGGUGUCUGAGUGUGUGUCUGAGUGAGAGAGUGUGUGUGUGCGCGUUUGGUCCAGUUGUUGAACAGGGUCUAGAGCAGUCUCCAGCCAAAGCUUUCCCCCUGGUCCUUAUGGUAAAGCUCUGAUACUAGACAGAUAUUGAAUCCCUCUGAUGGUGUCCUACAGUAUAGUACACCUCAGUGUGGCAACACUAGUGUAGUAGAGAGACUCUUUUAAAGGCCAAGAGAUGUGGAAUUCCCCAGAAACUCCUCUACCUACUUGUCUCUAUAUGACAUCACAGGAAAGGCUCUGGGUAUGUGUGGUCAGGAGGUGGGGCGGGGAUUUAUUUGACUAAGUUAAUGACACUUAAAAAAACAAGAUGAGAAGUUUUAUUUUAUGGGAAGGAUUCUUUCAGAUCAUCAGUUUCAUUGCACCCCCCC